UGCUGCAAUUUAAGACCAAAAAUGAUUAAAUGAACACAUCACCGGAUAGAUCUCGAGUCUUGGACUCUAGAUGACGUUUCGAACACGAUCGGAAAUGGUGGCGCCGGAAUUUUACUUGUCCUCUCCUGCUCUCCGGCGGUUCGUGAUUGGGUUUGUCUUCUUUGUCGGCGUGUCUCUCUCCGCUUAUAUUCUCUUUAGAGCUGCUGACGUGGCCGAUUUUCCGAUAGCUUACUCUGUGGAUUCUUCUUCGCGGUUCGGUUCGGUCUCUAGUGUUGCUUCUCCCCCACCGGACAGUGAUGAAAUGAGGCUCGAGAGAGUGUUAAAGAAUGCUGCUAUGCCAGAUAAUACAGUAAUUUUAACUACGACUAAUGAUGCUUGGACGACUCCGAAUUCUGUUCUUGAUCUUUUUUUAGAGAGCUUUAGAAUUGGUAUUGGGACUCGGAGAUUAUUGAAUCAUAUGGUGGUUAUAGCGCUAGAUAAAAAGGCAUUUUCUCGUUGUAAGGAUGUGCAUUCACAUUGCUUUGCACUUACUACGGAAGGGGUUGAUUUCUCACAGGAAGCUGCCUUCUUGAGUGAUGAUUACUUGAAAAUGAUGUGGAGGAGGAUUGAUUUCCUUCGCCAUGUACUUGAGAUUGGAUACAAUUUCGUUUUCACGGAUGCUGAUAUCAUGUGGUUCAGAGAUCCAUUUCCACACUUUUAUAAGGACAUGGAUUUCCAGAUAGCCUGCGAUCACUUUUCUGGCAAUUCAACAGAUAUAGAGAGCAACAGUCCCAACGGAGGGUUUAAUUUUGUUAAGUCUAACAACCGAUCUAUAGAGUUUUACAAGUUUUGGUACUCCUCGAGAGAAAAAUAUCCUGGCUUACAUGAUCAGGAUGUCUUCAAUCGAAUCAAAUUGCACCCCUUCCUCACCGAUAUUGGACUAAAAAUGAGGUUCUUGGAUACUGCCUUUUUUGGUGGAUUUUGUCAACCUAGUGAAGACCUGAACAAAGUUUGUACAAUGCAUGCUAAUUGUUGUAUUGGAUUAGAUAGCAAAAUUCACGAUCUCCGAAUUAUGCUCGAGGACUGGAGACAGUUUUUGUCUUUGCCGCCGACCUUGAAGAUAUCAUCAACGUCAUCUUGGAGUGUUCCCCAGAAUUGCAGUCUUGAAGCUCUUCACCACCACAAUCAGACCUUGGAGGAGGAUACAAGCCAAGCAGAGGAAACUUUGCAGUAGACUAAAUAGCAAUGUCAAGGAAUCAUAUACAUAUUAAAUAGAAAAUGAUUAGUGCCACAGAAGUAAAUGAGUCCUGCCUUGUGAAACAUUAGGCAGUGCGUACAGAAUUUCACUUAGUUGAUUUCUUCAGCAAUGGGAAAUUGUUUAUUGCUGGACUUUUACCCAGUUAUCAUCAUCAACUCUUAGCUAAA